AUUUGAAUGUGCACAUUGUCGACGUUCCUAAUAGAACCCAACAGUUAGGGCUAGUUCAUUCCGAUCUAUGUGGUCCUAUGAGUGUUCACGCGAGAGGUGGUUUCGAGUACUUCGUUACGUUUAUCGAUGAUUACUCGAGAUAUGGGUACAUUUUCCUUCUGCACCGUAAGUCUGAAUACUUUGAGAAGUUCUUAGAGUAUAAGGCAGUUGUGGAGAAGAAGUUAGGAAAAAGUAUCAAGUCAUUACGAUCAGAUUGUGGUGGCAAAUAUCUCUCGAAUGAAUUUAGGAGCUACUUGACGGAUAAUGGGAUUACAUCCCAGCUGACUGCGCCUGGCAUGCCUCAGCAGAAUGGCGUAGCAGAACGGAGGAAUACGAAUCUUAUGGAAAUGGUUAGGGCAAUGAUGAGUUAUAGUACUUUACCAGAUUCGUUUUGGGGAUAUGCCCUAAAAACAGCGGUAUACAUUCUAAAUAGAGUACCUUCUAAAUCAAGACCGUCUACACCAUUGGAGUUGUG